ACCUCCACAUGCGCAGCAUGCCACGGACCAUUCCCCAUGGGCUCUUCCUUUGUCUCUGCCCUCGGCAAGUCCUUCCACAACAGGUGCUUUGUCUGCUCGCAGUGCAGGCGGGUGCUUGGAUCGUCGACGUUCGUGGAGAAGGACGGGGCGGUGUUCUGCACAGAGUGCAAGAACCCAUCGGCUACCCAUCAGGGCCUCUGUGCUGGCUGUGACCUCCCGCUUGGCUCUGGACGCAUCCUCACUGCCUGUGGGAGCAAGUAUCAUCCGCAUUGCCUCGUCUGCGCCCGUUGCAGGGGCCCACUGCCUUCUCUUACCUCUUUCAUCAUCUUCGACAACAAGCCCCUCUGUGGCGAAGCUUGCGCCAUCGCCUUGGCCACCGGCGAUGUCUCCCGCCCGGUUUCGGUCCUCUCUGCUACUCCCAUUGCUGGUGGCGGUGGUGAAGGCCAAUCAUCGUCUAACGCACUCGACUCGCUUCUCAACGAUCUCUCGCAGCCGGCUGGCGGCGGAGACACCGGCGGUGCCCCCGCCCAGCAGCCCGCUUCCCAGCAGGGCUCCGAGCUCGACGGCCUGCUGGAGCAGCUCGACGGGACCGAGAACCGCGAUCGCUCCGAGUCGUCUGCUCUUGACAUGCUGAUGGCUCGGCUCGACGGCGGCACCGGCGAUGCACAGUCUGCACCCGCUAGUCAGCCUGCUGCCGCCGCCCAACCAGCCAGCACCACCUCGGGCAGCGCGCUGGACGAUCUGCUGGGUGAACUCGAAACCGAGCCCGCGGCGGGAGCAGCAGCCCAGCCCCAGCCGGUGGCGGCGCAGCCUCAGCCUGCGCGCAACCACACCGAGUCCGAGGCCUUUGACAUGGACGACCUUCUCGCUGAGCUCGAGCCCGAGGCGGCAGGAGGCGGUCAGUCGCAGGCGGCCGACAUCGGCGGCGGCGUCACCCAGAGCGAGUUGGACGAUCUCGAUGCGCUGCUGACCCAGCUGACGUGAUAAACAGUGUUCCCU